ACUUAAUACAUUUUUCCAUCACUGAAAGUUCUUAACAAUAACAGCGGUAAUAUGGAUUACGUUCGGUCAAUUUUGGAAUGUUUAGCAUCUAUUUGUAGUUGUUGGCACUGUACAGACGACCUAGGCAACCAAGGCAUUGAACCCAGUGAAAGGACUCAUCUUCUGGCAGACUCGGUCAAUCAAAGUCCAGCUUUGCGACGAAGCAACUCUGCUGAUUUGAGCAAUGAUUGUUCUCAGUCGCUGCCAAAGAAAGACGACCAAAAUGCCUUGUCCAGAUUGGUGCAAAAUACUGCAAUUAACAUGAUCAACGUUGGUGCGCUGGAUUCUCACACAUUGGAACAUCAAGAGUACACGGAUAGAAUAAAACUAUACUCACAGCGCCUUCAGCAGCUAUGGAACAACAUCCAGCACCCUGGUGUGGAGCAGAAAGGCCUUUUAAAAGAUAUACCAAACUAUCACACUUAUUUGUCGAAAGUCAUUUAUCCAGAUGAUACAGCUCAGAUGAGAAUAUUUAUUGAGAAAUCUCACGCUGGAGUAUUAGGAAUACAAAUUGAUCAUAGAGAGGCGGUUGUUGUUCCGUUUCAAAUCCCCUAAACAAAAACAGCAAGAUAUAAUUUAAUGUUAAGAUGUAUUGUACUGUUAAAAAUAUAAUUAUUACCACACACCAUUUGUUCUAUUGUGGUUUAUAACAAUGUCAUACGAAUUUGUUUAAGCUAAUCGGUACCAUGCAACAGCAUAUGAUCGCGUUUGAUACAUUUAAACAUAUACAUGUUAUACAUAAUUCGUAGCUUCAAAAACAAAAUGCUUUUGCAUGCAACGACCGCGCCCAUGGAAGGCAUACGAAGUAGUUGUGUAUCGUGGCUAAAAAGUAAGUU